GGAGGGGGCGAGCCCUCUGGGGCUGGCGUGGGGUCCCCCACCCCUGUGCCACACCAGCAGGCUCAGCCCUGGGACGCGGCCACCGAGCAGAGAGCAGCCAGCCGGGUGUCACACCCCACCCAAAACUCCGUUCCACACCUCUGCCGGAGGCUCUGCACCCAGGUCCCCUUGCCUGCAGCACCCGUCACCAUGGUGGAGCUCAGUACCAAAGUCAGCAGGAUGCUCAACAAGACCACGCCGGGCCUCCAGAUAUGGCGAAUCGAGAACAUGGAGAUGGUGCCAGUGCCCACCAAAAGCUACGGCAACUUCUACGAGGGGGAUUGCUACAUCCUGCUGUCGACACGCAAGACUGGGAGCAGCUUCAGCUACAACAUCCACUACUGGCUGGGCAAGGAGUCGAGCCAGGAUGAGCAGGGGGCAGCCGCCAUCUACACCACCCAGAUAGAUGACCACCUGGGCACGGUGGCCGUGCAGCACCGUGAGGUCCAGGGCCACGAGAGCGAGACCUUCCGCGCCUACUUCAAGAAGGGACUCAUCUAUAAGAAGGGUGGGGUGGCCUCAGGCUUGAAGCACGUGGACACGAACACCUACAACGUCCAGCGCCUGCUGCACGUGAAGGGCAAGAAGAAUGUGGUGGCAAGCGAGGUGGAGAUGAGCUGGAAAAGCUUCAACCAGGGGGAUGUGUUCCUGCUGGACCUGGGCCAGCUCAUCAUCCAGUGGAACGGCCCUGAGAGCAACCGAAACGAGAGGCUGAAGGCGAUGACCCUGGCCAAGGACAUCCGGGACCGGGAGCGUGGGGGCCGUGCCAAGGUGGGCAUAGUGGACGGUGAGGACGAGGGUGCCUCGCCAGGGCUCAUGCAGGUCCUCACGCAUGUGCUGGGUGAGAAGAGGGACAUCAAGGCAGCCACACCUGAUGACAAAGUGGACCAGAAGCUCAAGUCUUCCCUCAAGCUCUACCACCUCUCCAAUGCCAGCGGGAACCUGGUGAUACAGGAGGUGGCGAUUCGACCCCUGACUCAAGACAUGCUCCUGCAUGAGGACUGCUACAUCCUUGAUCAAGGAGGUCUAAAGAUCUUUGUGUGGAAGGGCAAGAAAGCCAACAAGGAGGAGAAGCAGCAGGCGAUGAACAGGGCACUGGGCUUCAUCAAAGCCAAGAACUACCCAGCCAGCACCAGCGUGGAGUUGGAGAAUGAUGGGUCUGAGUCGACCAUCUUCAGGCAGCUCUUCCAAAAAUGGACUGUCCCCAACCAGACCAGCGGGUUGGGCAAGACCCACACCAUGGGCAAAGUGGCCAAGGUGGAGCAGGUGAAGUUUGAUGCCACCACGCUGUACGCCAAGCCCCAGCUGGCUGCCCAGCAGAAGAUGGUGGAUGACGGAUCCGGGGAGGUGGAGGUCUGGCGUGUGGAGAACAAGGAGCUGGUGCCUGUGGAGAAGAGGUGGCUGGGCCAUUUCUAUGGUGGGGACUGCUAUCUGGUGCUCUACACCUAUUUCGUAGGGCCCAAGGUGAACCGCAUCAUCUACCUCUGGCAGGGCCGCGAAGCCAGCGCAGAUGAGCUGGCCGCCUCUGCCUACCAAGCCGUCAUCCUGGACCAGAAGUACAACAAUGAGCCCGUGCAGGUCCGCGUCACCAUGGGCAAGGAGCCGGCCCACCUGAUGGCCAUUUUCAAGGGCAAGAUGGUGGUGUAUGCGGGUGGCACCUCGCGGGCGGGCAGCAAGGAGCCCACACCCUCCACCCGCCUCUUCCACGUGCAUGGCACCAAUGAGUACAACACCAAGGCCAUCGAGGUGCCCGUCCGAGCCUCCUCUCUCAACUCCAAUGACGUCUUCGUGCUCAAGACCCCCAGCUGCUGCUACCUCUGGUAUGGGAAGGGCUGCAGUGGAGAUGAGCGUGAGAUGGGCAAGAUGGUGGCCGACAUCAUCUCCAAGACAGAGAAGCCAGUGAUCGCAGAGGGACAGGAGCCACCUGAGUUCUGGCUGGCCCUGGGGGGCAAGUCCCAGUAUGCCAACAACAAGAGGCUGCAGCAGGAGAACCCCUCCGUGUCCCCCCGACUCUUUGAGUGCUCCAACAAGACAGGCACCUUCAUGGCCACAGAGAUUGUAGACUUCACCCAGGACGACCUGGAGGAGGAUGAUGUUUACCUGCUGGACACCUGGGACCAGGUUUUCUUCUGGAUUGGGAAAGGCGCCAAUGAGUCAGAGAAGGAGGCAGCGGCAGUGAUGGUGCAGGAGUACCUGUGGAGCCACCCCAGCGGGCGCGACCUCGACACCCCUAUCAUCGUGGUGAAGCAGGGCCAUGAGCCCCCCACUUUCACUGGCUGGUUCCCGGCCUGGGACCCUCUCAACUGGGCUGACAAGAAAUCCUACGAGGUGCUGAGAGCUGAGCUGGGGGAUGAGAGCAGCCUCGGGCAUCUCACCUCAGUGCUCACAUCCAGGCAAGAGGUCUUCACCAGCACCACCAGCCUCCUCCCCAACAAACAGGAGACCUUCCCCCUGGAUGUGCUGGUAAACACCUCAGCCGAGGACCUGCCGCGGGGUGUGGAUCCCAGCAGGAAGGAGUACUACCUCUCCGACCAGGACUUCGAGGCUGUUUUUGGCAUGAGCCACUCCGCCUUCAGCAAGCUGCCCUUGUGGAAACAACAAAAGCUCAAGAAGGACAAAGGACUCUUCUAGGGCAGGAGCCUGGGCACAGGGACAACCCCAGCUUGUUAUUUUUAUUAAAUAAAAUGGAUUUGGA